GAAAGAGCUCAGUUGUUAUUGUUACGGCGCGUACAGUACGUGGUCUACUGUAUCGUACCGCACGCAUUCUGCYUCAGUCGAGAGAACUAUGAUCACAUAUCUAUUCUUGUUGUUGCGAUUCGAGUUCUUUGUUUCGAGGCAUCUCUCGGUCUCACUUCCAUCCAAACCACCCGCAAAAGAGUGCGACACCCGAACCGCAAAGCCAAACAACCAACRCKUCCCAUCGAUGAGCAGCAACAACCGAUUCCGAAACGCCGCCCAAACACCCMRAAGCAGAACCGCCACCAUCGAUGUUCCCCGCCGCCGCCAAACCCCGCGGUGGCCGAAGCCCUCCGAAGGAGGAGCAGGAGGGGAACGAGACGGCCACCGGACGGUUUCCAGCAGGAGGCUCGUCGUCCCGGCCCCGAGGGCGGCGAUCCGGGCCAGCACCGAUCGAACGCCGAGGCGGGAUUGGAAUCCGCGGUCCGAGCGGCCACCUGGCCGACGGAUCCGCACGCGGGAGGCCCUCGAGAAGAGCGGAGACCCGUCCGGKGCCGUCGCCCUCGGCCACACGGGCCGCUACCCGCCCCGAGAGGAUCAGCAGCAGCAGAAACAGAAACGGACGCUUCAACAGCCUUCCAGGCCCAGCGCCGGCGAUGGCAUCGGGGCCAUGGAACAGAGCAUGGCCCAACGGAGCUUUCUCCGAACGGCGGCGAUCCGCGACGGAAUGAAGAAACGCCAGCGGCAACGAGAGUGGGAGGCCACCGGAAGGCCCGGCGACUCAGCGAGCGUUACCACCGCGAAGAAGCGAAUGCRGCAACACACCAAGACCAAGAACAUCCGGCCGUCCCAUCUUCAAACGCAACGGCAACACCCGGGGAGUCUGCCACUUGCCAAAACCAUGCAACGAAGACUCCCGCAAACCCAAACGAAGCACYAUCACCAGAAGCCACGGCGGCACCUUUUGCUGCAGCAAACAAAACAAAGGCAAAAGCAAAAGCAAAAACAGAAAACGACCGUCCAUGGGCAACGUGUCGGAAGCGAUCCGGCAGGGCCCUUUGUUAGGAGGAACAGCAGCAGCAGUGGCAAGAACCAUAACAAUUUCCAUAACUAUAAUCAUGACCAGAAUCACAACAGUAGCACCACCAAAUCAAGGAAGAAGAUGGACGAAAAGUUAUCGCCAAAUGAAGCAAAUGCUGCCAACGAAAGAUUUUUUGCAGCCAACGCCUCGCCAAGUGUUGCCAACCUUUUGAUUAGUGACAGCGAGAGCGAGGUCGAGAGCAUCUGUAGCAGCUCCGACGACACUUUUGAUCACAAGGAUGACCAUCAGGCCUCCAACAAGGCUGACAACAUCAUUUCCAACAACAACAGCAUGCAAUCGAGGGAAAGUGCAAACGCCAAAAAUAUCAAACACGGCAACGCAAACGACAACAACAGAGURCAAACCGUAGCGCGACGAUACCAACCAUUGUUGGCUGUAGGGAGUGCAGCAUCGGAACGGAGAGAACCCUWCCCGAGAGGAACACCGGCUUCCGCACCCUCGAUGCCCGUGCAAGCCAUAGAACACAUCAAGAUCGAAGAACCGUCCGUGAUUGAUCUUUCCAACGAACGAGACACCGACGACAMCGUCAAGGUGGAACGGGAGCGUUCCCCGGCGCGCCAAAAGGCUUCCGGGAUCAGCGGAAACGCCACGGUCCGAGCCAUUGCGGAGGUCCUCCUCAACGAGGCYAUCGGGCGGGGUGCCGAYCGCCACGAAAUGGAGCGGUACGCCUCGGAAUUGUUCCGCCUCGGGCUCCACUCGAGGAAGAUGAUACUGGAUGCCCUGUCGGACGAGCGCUACGUUCCGAACCUGGAGCAGGAGGUCCGCAAAUGGCACUGGAUGAAGGGCUACCACAAGAUUGUCUUUCAGAGCUGGGUCCUAAAGGAGAAAGAACGCAAGGAGCAGGAGCUGCGAGAGCAACAGGAACAGCAGCAGCAGCAACAACAGCAACAUCAACAGCAACAACAGCAGCAACAUCAACUUCAGCAGCAACAACUUCAGCAGCAGCAGCAACAACAACAACAACAGCAGCAGCAGCAGCAACAACAGCAACAACAGCAACAACAACAACAACAACAGCAGCAGCAGCAUGAUCGUCAUCAUCAAACCGAAGAAAGGAGCCAACACAGAGACGGCGUCAUACACUAUCCCAUGCGACGAGUCGGAAGCUUCGAUCUGUGAUGAUACCACGGUGCAUCGCAGUCUGGAAAUCUUUUUUUUUUAGAGAAUGGAUCGAAUGCAAGGGAAAGACAAUCCGAUAUGAUCGAAACGAAUUAGUGUUUCGCUCUCUCGCGCGGAGCAAGACGGACGAACGAUGCUGCAUGCAUACAUCUAUUGCAUGUAUGAAUUUGAUUGAACGACCUUUUGCAGGGGUGAGCGCAGCAGAGAAAAGCCCAUGGUAACAUUUGGUUUGGUAUCAGGAGGACGGCUUGAUGAUCAAGGAAGUGUCGCAACUAAAUGAAAAGUAUGAAAACAU